GGUUCGGUUGCAACAACGACAACAACGGGUCAGGGGGGACAACAAGUUUUGGCGGUUAAAAGCGAUGAAUUCGUUGUGUUUGUGUUGUCGACGCCACCACGGCCUGUCUGCAUUGUCUACAACGUCAUUGCUCCGUUGCGCCCCGCCGGUUUCGCGCCUCCGUAUCCACCCGACGAACACGUCUCGUCGACGUCCCGGUCAUUUACUGUACGACAUUUCCGUGGAGUUUAUUUCCAGGACUCGAGCAAACAUGGCCGUCAACGAAUACGGCAGCCGACCGUACACGGUGUUCGUCGAGGGGAACGUGGGCAGUGGGAAAACAACGUUUUUGGAACAGUUCGCAGACUGCCCGAACGUGUACCUCGCCAAGGAACCGGUGCACAAGUGGCAGGACGUGCGCGGCCAUAACUUUUUGGGCCUGAUGUACGAGGACCCGAAACGGUGGAGCUUCGCGUUCCAGUCGAUCGUGCAGAGGACCAUGUUGGAACUGCACCAGACCAGGCCGAAACUACCCGGUCAGAACAUCAAGAUAAUGGAACGGUCCAUCUACAGCGCCCGAAAUAUAUUUGUUGAAAACUUAUACAAAGAUAAUCUUAUGGCUGCUCCUGAAUAUUCUGUGCUGGAUGCAUGGUAUAAUUGGCUAAUAGAAAAUGUUCAAAUUGAAUCAGACCUCAUAAUUUAUUUGAGGACUGAUCCAGAAAUAGCUUACCAAAGAAUCAAAACCAGGAAUAGGUCUGAAGAAAAAAAUAUUUCAUUGGAAUACAUACAACAUUUACAUGAAUUGCAUGACAAGUGGUUAAAUGUACACAUUACUGACGUACCAAAGAAUAUACCU